UACAAUGUUCGAAGAUGGCAACGAGGAGUGACAGGAAACGUAGAGUGACCGAGAAACCGGGAGCACACGAGAGCACCGCUUUUUAUCACUGGACCAUAUAUCUUUUAGGUCUUGGAUUUGGUUGUUUCCAUCGGUGGCAUGUAUCGACGCUGUUCGAAAAUGACCGACACUUCUCUCAUCUUUCGGAAAUGGAACGAGAAAUGUCCUUCAGGACUGAGAUGGGGAUGUAUUACUCUUAUUAUAAGACUAUCGCUGAGUCCGAAAAUUUUUUCGACGGGAUGGACAAGCUCAGACAUGAUAAUCUCUCAGAGUACAGUAAUGUCAUUGAUGCCAGUAGAAAAUACAAUCUUUUACCCGAGAUUCUAGCAGGUUUACUUUAUCAUAUUGCGAGGAAUCUCGGCAUCAUAUCUCAAGAACAAUGCUGGCAGAUAGAGAGAGGAGAUGGUUUGCCACCAAUAACCAGCUGCGAAGGCCUGGGUGUACCUGUGUACUUCUACUUAGAAAUAGUUUGGUCCACCACAGUCGUCACAGUGGCAGUGCUCUUUUACUACGCGACGUACUUGAGCAAUUCCAUCUACGGUGGAUUCAUAACGGUUAUGUUCUUCUUUUACAAUCACAGCGAGUGCACCCGCGUCCAAUGGACGCCGCCGCUGCGAGAAAGCUUUGCGUAUCCUAUGUUACUCUUUCAAAUGUACAGAGUCACUAUGGCCAUCAGAAAAUAUACGAGACACGACGCGGACGAGGAGCCAGCUUCGUUACGGAACAAAACCAGGCUAGGGCUACUCAUGAAUAUAUUCGGCUCGACAAUUUGCAGCCUGUGCACCUGGCAAUUUUCGCAUUUCGUUUUCACCACGCAAAUCGUAGCCAUUCUCAUUCUGAAGUGGCUGAGGAUCGUCCCGUACGAGUUCUACAAAAACUUUUGUAUGGCACAUGCCUUGGCGAUCGCGGCGGCGACUAAAAUAACAAACGGGACCCUCAUAAUUUGUUCGCUCUACACGUGCAUCAUAAUCGGCAGUAACGUCGCCAGUCUCGUAAUGAAACUGUCACGGUUUCGAAGCAUCAAACUCGGAAUUAUUCUUGAAAUCGCCACAACGAUAAUCCUCACGAAGUGGAUAAAGUCGUACGUUCUGUAUUCCCAAGACGACGCCCACGUGUUUAACAUAUUGAAGUCCAAAUUGACGAACUACAGGGAUUUUCACACUAUGCUCUACACGUGCUCCGCAGAAUUCGACUUUCUACAGUACAAAACUUACUUGGCGAUUAUCGAGACCCUGUUACUGCCAACGGCGAUAUUCGCUGGAAUGCUCGCACUGUACUACUGGUACAGAAAUUACAAGACGAACAAUUAUCCGGUUUGCGUAGAGGCCGAUAUGGCGUAUAACGGCCUACAGACCGGUGCCUUCAUCAUCAUGGCCGUUUUUAUUAUGAGAUUAAAGCUAUUUAUGACGCCGCAUCUGUGCAUAAUAGCUGGCGCCGUGUGCAGUAAGCGAUACCUCGAGAAAAUCGGCUUGAAACAUGAGGUCAUGCGAUUUUGUAUGGUAUUUGGUUUUUUACUGUGCGGCAUGUCGAUCCAAGGCAUCGACAGAUUUGAAGCGGAACGCGAAUUUAUAGGUGAAUACUGUAACACUGAACAAGAGGAGUUAUUUGAAUGGAUAAAAAGUAAUACACCGAAGCACGCUGUAUUUGCGGGAAAGAUGUCGUUGAUGGCGAACUUGAUGCUGUCCACUAAAAGACCGAUCGUUAACAAUCCUUACUAUGAAAACAAGGAGAUGAGAGACAGGACCAUGAAGGUUUAUGAGAUUUUUAGUCGGAAAGACGUCGCCUCUGUGUACAACUCUUUAAGAAGCAUGAAAGUAAGUUACGUCGUAUUGGAGGAACCGCUGUGUCUUGGAUAUGCAAACGUGCCGCGAGGAUGUCAAAUGAUCGAUUUAUGGGACAUGACUGAUAAUGGAGCGGCGAAAGCGGCGAACAAGCCGCCUCUGUGUCCUCUUUUGUUCAAAGGAAACGCGUAUCCAUUCAGAAGAGCGUUCGUUAACAAUAACUACGUCGUGCUGCAAUUGGAUUAUUCUCAUUACGUAGAAUUCAAACCAAAGACUUCUAAGCCAUUGCAUUAUCAGUUUUAAGAGUUCUCUACGUUUUCAAAAAGAGAAAAAGAAAUAAGUGAAACUCUCCUGAAGAAUAUGGAAGGAAUACCUCUCGUGAGAUUAUAAAGCCUAUUUUUCUUAAGACAGAAGUAUUAUCUUUAUGAAGAAAUAUAUACAUAUAUAUUUUUAUAAUAUGAAGGUUCGCGCGGUAAGUUAAAUAUUAACACUGCGAACUUGUAAAAGUUUAUCAAGUUUAUAAGCCUUAUAUGCAAUUUGUGAAGAGAGAGGGGCAUUAAAAUAUUUUAAAAGACACGCGUUCUCCCGAUAUUAUAAAAUCGGGUUUAUCUUCUGUUUGGUUUAAAAAGAAUUCAACUCUGUUUCUGCAUAGAGAUUCUUUAAAACAUAAUUUAUUGCAAUAUAUAUUGCAGCUAUUUACAAAAUGUAAUAUGCAGUAUUUAUAACGUUAUAUUUAUUAAAUUUAUUAAUUUCACGGUAACGAAUGUAGUUACAAAACGUUAAAGUCGACUAACAGAAACGAACAAAAACUUAAGAGAAUGCCUCAUUUUACAAUGUGAUGUACACAUACUUGUGAUAAUUUCCUCGUAUUUAAUGUUUAUCGCGCGGUUAUCGAUAAUGUUCGAUUUUUUUUACGACGCGAAUAGUUUCGAAUGUAUAAGCGCUACAUUUAUUUAGUCGCAUAUUGUGUUCAUUCAUCCGCUGUAUGACAAACAUGAGACAUCUGUGCCAACAUCAACACACUAUUUAUAUUUGUGUAACUAUUACAAAUCGCAUCUUUCGAGUUCAAAUUUCUCAUCGAUUAACGAGCAUUUCGUAAUACUCAUAUUGGACAAUAAUUCUCGACACCUUAAUAAUAAUAUAUCGAUGUGCUUACUGAGAUCGCACAUUACUCGAUCAUAAUACGACCAUAAAUGUUAUUGUAAUUGUAAUGAUGAGAUUAUACAAAUAAACAAAAAGCAACAUGCGAAAGGAAAGAAUUGUUCAAGAAGA